AUGAAUUUCAAUAUUCCUAUUACUAACAUUACUUUUCUCAUGCAAAAAUCAAUUUCAUUAGAUACUUUCGAUUUUCUAUACGCUGAAAUUCUUCCGAACAUAACGCUUAUCUGCUUUAUACUUGGUUUCAUUGGUUUCAUUGGUAAUAUUUUUACAUUUCUUCAACCUAAUCUGCGUUGGAAUAAUUGUUGUAUUUAUAUGCUAUGUAGUUCUAUUGUUGAUAUUAUUCAUCUAACAAUUAAUAUUUUUCCGAUUUAUGUUAAAAAAAAUGGUGCACUUGGACUACCAUGGAAUAUGUCGUUUAGUUUAUGCAAAAUGAAUUAUUUUCUUUACAGCUUUUUACCACAAUUAUCUAUUAAUCUUUUACUUUUAAGUAUUAUUGAUCGAUAUGCUUGUACAUGUGCUCUUACAUCAUGGGCUCAUCGACUUAAUCAAUUAAAAAUGGUUCCACGACUGAUUCUUAUCAUGAUUUGUAUUAGUGGUAUUUUUUCAAUUUAUUCACCUAUAUUGGGUAAUAACGAACCUUCUUUAUGUGGAUAUCAUGAACAAAAUAUUUACGGUAUAUUAAAUGUAUUCUUUAAUGGUAUAUUACAACCCAUAGUCAUAUUAAUCUUUGUUUUACUUACAUAUCGAAAUAUUCGUCAAAGUCGUCAACGAGUAGGUGGAAUGGUAAAACAAGGUGUAAAUCGUUUUCGAAAUCAAUUUAUUGUUAUGAUAAUAACUCAAGUUUUAAUCACAGCAAUAUUUUCAUUACAAUGGAUGAUUAUACAAACAUAUGUUUUAUUCAAUAUCGGUUUAGGAAAAAGUAAUGAUAAUCUACUUUUGUUGGCUUUCUUAUUUGCUUUAAGUAAUAAAAUUUAUCCAUUUAAUAAUGUAAAAUCAUUCUAUUUUUCAAUAUUAACAUCAAAAUCAUAUCGACAAACAUUUGUAAAAGGUUUGAAGAAAAUAUUUUCUCGACAACGGCUUUAUUAG